AUGGUCUGUAGUUAUGUGAGAGGUUGUGUGAGCGAAGGAUUCAGUGGUUCACGGGUAUUGAGGAACAUGGCAGGCCUAAUGCAGCUAUGCAUCUGGGUGCAUAAAGUAGAAACUAUACCCUUUUCACAAAGCAGAAUUAAUGUUUGGUGCUACGAAAAUUUUACCCCUUAGCUUAACAGAACACGUUCAGGCGCUAUUUGCAUUUGAUUUUAAUUCUUUUUCAUAUCGAUUUGAUCACUGUGAAUUGGGAUGAAUAUUGACAUAAUAUGGCUUGGUGCUGUUUUUAAGAUUUACCAAUUUUCUCUAUCUUUCUGACUAUACCAUCAAUAUCUUUUUUAUAAUGCGCUUCAAAUAAUCUUUACGUAUCCUCUUUUUAUCAUCACCACUAAAGGAAUAAAGAUGAAAGUGAAAUGUACUUCUGUGUUGUUAAAAUUUAACUUUGUUAUUUGUUAUAGAUCGGUGCAUCUUUUGACAAUAAAAAUGUGACUGAAAUAUCCCAAGAUUAUUGAAUAUAUUCUUACUGGUAUGCUAGUUUUGCAGGCGGCCGUUACAACUAGCGCCUUACAAGUUAAAGUGUGAAAAGGAGCCUCUUAGUGGCCGGUAAGUGCUUUGUUUCUGCUUUAGUUCUGUCGUUUAUAAGCUUUUGAUGGUUUAAUGUCAUACUUUAAACGACAGAAGUAGAAUUCUACAAUGUUCAGAGAACAUAGUUGAUUUUUCAGGAUCCAAAAGAAAAUUUUCUACUUCUUCUUGACGCAGAUGAUUAUUCAUCUGCUUGCUUUCAGUGAAUUUUUUGGGGGUUCAGAAAGAUCCAAAGAAGUCAUUUUGUGAAUUAAUCUGACACUUUUUAAAGUCUUGUUUGUCUUCUCAAAGAAUGGCUUUUUUAAAUCUUAAUUUUAUUACAUGGUUACUCUAUGUGGCGGUAGUAUGCAACUUAUUGUUUUUUUCUGAAUCUGUUUAGAAUUGGUCCACCUGACUUUCAUCCUCAAACUCCAAACUGCCCUGAAGAGACAUUAACCCGGGAAUACCUUCAAACGGGAUACAAGGAUACGGUUGAAGGAAUUGAGGUUUGUCUUGCAACAAUUGCUCCCGUUUCUCUGUUUUUUUCGGUGCGAAUUUCUACAAUCGCUGUAGAGUUUGCCAAAUGUUGCUGUGUCAUUGAUUCUGGUAUCUCGUCUUCCCAGGUGUGUAUACUCGAACAAUUGUUAUUCUGAGACUGUGACAAGCGAAACUCUAGUGUUACUCAUUAUCCUCUUGCAAUUUUUAAUAGUGAUGAUUCUAUUAUUCCUUCCAUUGCUUGACUGUCAUGCUAUUCUCCCGUAUGCAAUUUUUAACGAUUUGGAAAACCGUUUCUCCUUCACUAUUUGCAAAUUCCAGGGCUUCUAAAGAAAAUCAGACCAUUCUUGUAGUUUAUCAAGCAAAUUAUAAGCGAUUAUAAAUGAAUAUGGUUGAUUAUCUUGAAAGCUUUAGAAACUAUGGUCGGAUGAAUGCACUUGCAAUAUGCUCCUGCACUAAUAAAUCAUUGAGCUAAUGUGUUUUUGAAUCGUUACUUGACGGUUGAUGAAAGAAAUGAAUGAAUCUCGCACUCUUAAGGGUGUUGAGAACUUUGUCACAACUCAUGAAUGGCUCUGCGAUUUGUGUCAUUACAUUAUAAAUGUGAGGAUGGCUAAAGGGAGAAGGCUGAUCUUGAUUCAAGGUUAACUGUUUACUGGACUGUUCAGUUUGACCUUUUCUUUUAGCAUCGCCUUUCUGCUUUGCGAUGAUGCAACUGUGUUACCAUCUCAAUAGUUUGAGUCGUCAUUCCGACAUAAGAAAAAACAUAAAAGACAAUAAAGGGAAUGAAGAGACGGACUCAAAAGAGCUGGCGUUUAAAGAGCUGGGCUUCAAGGCCAAUGCUGCUUGCAGACGCUAUGUUUUCUGUUUGAUGCUGAUGGUCUCUAAAGUGUGCAGUUCUCACCAGUUCUCACUGAGUAUCCAUGGGCUUAACUGAGGGUUUUGGUUGCCUGGACUUGAUCAUCUACUUUCUGCUUCAAGUUUCACUAUGUGGGUAGAGUAGGCUCCUAGUGCGUCAGGGUUCUACUUCUCCUUCCUGUUCAUCAGAUUGUAGGCUUGUCUCAAUAAAAUGCUAUAGGUGCUGUAGUCGAGGGACACCCACAAAAUGUGGAUUCUAAACGCAUCUGCUCCAAGGUUUAGGGGAGGUGCAAGGUAUAAUUUUUGCAUUGAACUUCCUUAGUGCUUAGUAAUGGGAUGUAAGAGCUUCAGACAUCAAAGGUUUAUUUUGUUGAAUAGAUAGUUUGAAUGGCUCAAGUUUGUGAUGCGUACUGGAUGUAGGUGUUUUUAUUAUAAUCUCGCUUUCCUUCUUGAUUAACAGUGUCGUGAAUGUGUUAUGGAUGUUUCAGGAAGCUAGAGAAAUUACAUUAAGCCAAGUCGGAAACAUCUCAAAAUCUGUUGUCCAAAAAUGCAAAGAGGUAAAUUGCAGAACUAAUUAUUGUCAUCUCUGUUGGAUUCAUCCUUCCAGAUUCUUCUCCACAGUUAUUCGGCUAGUGCAGUGCGUUUUUUUUCAAUAAAUAACACUUCUGCUUCAUACUGUAAACUCAUGCAUUUUAGGCUGACCUUCCGACGGUGUAUGGAAAUCUUUCUCUUAUCUCUCCAAAGUUUUCUUUUUGAUGUCUAUGAAUUUCCAACGAUAUUUUUGUAAUGAGCGUAUUAUUAUCAAUUUAGAUCAAUGUGCAUAUGCUUCGCUGCAUGUGUUAUCUACAUUGUAAUCUUCAUGAAUGAUCUUUUGCUUUUGCAUAUCAAUAGCGUUAGCAUAUUUUUCUUACAAAAGCACUACUGUACUCUGGGUUACUGUUGCCCUUAUAUUCUUGACAUUUCUUUUUCAAUUGGGAUUACCUUUGAUUGCACAACAGUAAUCUUGGCUAAUUAUCUCCGCACUUGUUCUGCAAAAUCCUCCACUGUCAAUCAUCUGCUUAUCAAUAUAAUAGCCGUAUAGGAUUGACAAUGUGACAGUCGGAUAAAUGAUUGAAUGCUGAAUUGGUUUGAUAUAAUAUUCCUUUUUCAUCCUCCGAAGUGGGCAGCGUAUUAUAAGUGAUUUCAUUAAGAAAGUUACAACUCUUCGUGGGCAACUGUUCAGAACAAGAAAAUCCUUCUACUACAUUAUGUGAUGUGAUCAGUCCGCCCUUGAUUGAACUAAAAUCACACGAAAUAUGGUCAGACCAAUUUUAAGAGGUUGAACUUUUCUUUUUACCACAGAUUUGAAAGUUAAGUUCUUUUGAAGUCAAUUUCUGAUUAGUUAGAAAGAGAUCUAGUUAAAUUUUUUAUCUUAAAAUAAAUUGCCUUUCAAGAAUAUCUUUAGUUUUUGUAUUUAUGCAUGUUGUACAUUGUUAGAUUUAAAGCAUAACCCAUGUUUUCUUCAUUACUAUCUGCUGUUACUCCCUCAGGCACUAAAGAAACGGCUCAAAGCUAUCAAUGAAUCCCGCGCACAAAAACGAAAGGUGAUAAGGACUGUUGUAUUCUAAUUUCUCUGGAUUUUAAAUUAGUGAAAGCGUGUACUGUGCUUCCUUUUCACGUACUGGUUAUUUUUACUGCAAUGUUUGACGAAGACUGACUUCAUCCUGAAUCUUUAAUUUCAAAUUCUAAAAAGGCUGGUCAAGUAUAUGGAGUACCACUCUCUGGACAACUAUUAACGAAACCUGGAAUUUAUCCUGAGCAGAGGCCAUAUGGUGAAGAGUCCCGCAAGAAAUGGAUUGAGGUUUGUGUUUUGGAUUUCUGAUGAAGUUAAAUUUUAAUUUGAACCAUAUCAUUGUUCACAAUUCUCGCUGGAUCAACUGAAUGAUAGCUGGUUACCAUGUUGGCAUUGCUAAGAGAUGACAUGGUUGAGUUCAAUCAUUAUGUUGACAUUUGAUUUUCUGAUCAGGGUUUAUCACAACCUCAUAAGAGAUUACGUUCUUUAGCUGACCACGUUCCUCAUGGAUUUAAAAGGAAUGCUCUCCUUGAUGUUCUCAUUCGUCAUAACGUUCCACUUUUGAGAGCAACCUGGUUUGUUAAGGUUAAUAUUCUUAAUCAGGUGUGUAACUCGACGAAUUUAUGCACAUCUCUGUUGUUGAUUACAUAUCUCGGUUGUUGAUCCAGUCAUAACGACAACUUUCUUUCCCUGGUUUCCCUCACAGAACAAGUCAGAUAAAACACAUUCAAAUCGUACUGAACAGUGGACUAAGAUCGUCAUUGAAAAUCUAAAGUGCCUCCUUGAUGAUUUCUUAUCAAAAGAUGGUGCCUUUUCUGCUGCACAAAGCAGAGAGCAGUCAUCACAAACUCUUUUGUCUGGAUUACCUCAAAAUAGGAGUGAGGCAAUUUCACUGUUGUCUGAUGGGGAGGAAUCUUUGGCACAAUAUAAUUGGUGGUACAUGGUCCGCAUGUUACAGUGGCACUUCGCAGAAGGCCUGCUAUAUGCUGCCCCCAUCAUUGAAUGGGUUUUCACUCAACUUCAGGUAAUUGGCCAUUCAUUGGAACAGAAAUAACUAUACAGAAGCUUCAUUUGAUUUUUUUGUUUUUCUUGCUCUUUCAUAAGAAUGAAUGUGGGAGAAAAAAAUCAUUUUUUUCUUUGUAUCUGGGUUCAGGAGAAAGAUUCGCUUCAAGCUUUGGAGCUUCUUCUGCCCGUUGUUGUCAAUGUAAUAGAGAAAGUUGCACUAUCUCAACAUUAUGUUGGUUCAUUUUUUGACAUUGCUGUGCGUGCCAUAAAGGCUCUGAAUUCAGGAGGGACAGAUCUUCCAAGUAAUGCCAGGAAAACUCACCUUUCCUCUGCUCUGUGUGAGAUGUUGCGAUAUUUGAUGCUUUCUGUGCCUGAUACUUUUGUUGCCAUAGACGCCUUUCCUUUGCCGACUUGCAUAGUUCCAGAUAUCUUCAAUAGUAGAAAUUCUUUUCUUAAGAUUCCUGAAGGUUCAGAUAGAGUGCAUUAUGAUUCACGUGAUGCUUAUCACCGGUACCUGUCUUUUGGGCAUGUUGUUUCCUCUCUUCGUCAGCGUGUUGCUAAUCUUUCAAAAGUAGCAAUCCCAAACCUUGAAGGCCAUGGUGUAGCCAAAGUGAUUGAGGCAUUGGAUAAGUCUCUGCUGCUGGGAGAUGUGAAAGGUGCUCAUAGUUGUCUCUUUGAAGAAUUAUCUGAUGUUAUUAUCGAGGAAAGGUGGAUUGGAGAAGUCAGCUCCUGCCUAUGGUCUUCUUUGAAGUGGAUUGGGACAGUGAGCAUGCCUACGAUUUGCGCUGUGUUUUUCAUCUGCGAGUGGGCAACAUGUGAUUAUAGAGACUUUCGUACUGCAUUACCUCGUGACGUGAAAUUUACUGGCAGGAAAGAUCUUUCCCAAGUGUAUUUUGCGGUUUCACUUUUGAAACUUAGAAUGCAAGAUAUGUAUAAGCAAUCCCUGCAAAAGCGAAGUGGCUUGAUGACUAGUAAUGGAACAAAGGCCGAUCUAUCAGAUGUCAUACAAAGUCCAGGCCCACUUCAUGAUAUCAUUGUGUGUUGGCUUGAUCAGCAUGAAGUUGGGAAAGGUGAAGGAUUUAAGAGUCUUCAAAUUUUCAUUGUGGAACUUAUUAAUUGUGGUAUAUUUUAUCCUCAUGCUUAUGUUCGUCAACUCAUAGUAAGUGGAAUUAUGGAUGGGGAUGAAAGUACAUUCAAACAGAACAGGCAGAGAAACCAUUACCGGAUUUUGAAGCAACUACCUGGCUCUUACUUGCUUGAUGUCCUGAAAGAAGCCAAAGUUGAUGUAUCAGUGCUUCAUGAGGCCGUGUACAUUUACACCAACGAACGCCGCCUAUUACUUCAGGGGUUUUCUCAUAGUAAUUCUUAUCCGUUGAAAUCUGGAAAUGACUGUGCCUCUAGUUUUUCCUCAGAAAAGAUAAAAAACCAUUUACCAGGAACCAAAGAUGAUGACUCGCCUUCUGUACUGGAAUUCUGCAAAAAUGAUACUAUUGCAUCCACUAGUCUCUAUACUAAGCUCACGAAAGCAAAGGAUCCAGUUGCAGAGCUGAAGAAUGCAGUCAUGGCACUACUGCGUAUUCCUAGUUCUUCAUCAAAUGAUACACAAAAUGAUGAACUUCGUUGGAAGCGGAGCAUAGCGUCACUCAGCAACAAAGUGGAUGGUGUUGAUGGGACGCCCAGCUCUGAGGAAUGCAGACGGGCAAAGAUGCAAAAGUUGAGCGAUGAAAAAGGCUCCCCAUUACCAGGAUUUUCAUCACAUUCGUGUGAUGAUGAAGACUGUUGGUGGGUGAGGAAAGGAUCCAAGUCUAUAGAAACUUCAAAGGUUGAGGCAACUCAUAAGUCUACAAAGCAUGCAUCCAGGGGUAGGCGCAAAACUCAGAGCCUUGCACAACUUGCAGCUGCAAGGAUUGAGGGGAGCCAGGGUGCAUCCACCAGUCAUGUGUGUGAGAGUAAAGUAUCUUGCACUAGCCAUAAAUCUGUUUCAGAUGGUGAUAUGUCUAGGCCAAGUGAAGGAAUGAGAACAUCUCAUUUGAGAGACAUUGGAAAAGCUUUGAAACAACUUCGGCUGCUGGAGAAGAAAUCAGUGAUUAUUUGGUUAUUAACAUUGAUCAAACUACUUAUUGAAGGCAAUGAAAAGUCUUCUGUUAAACCAAAUAAUGGUAGUGGCCCUUUCUCUCCUCCAAUUGACGAGAGAACUGCUGUACGGUGGAAACUGGGCGAAGAUGAAUUUUCUUCUGUAUUAUAUUUGUUUGACAUAUCUUAUGAUUGGCUUUCAUCAGUGAAAUUUCUUCUGUGGUUGCUACCAAGGGUCCUUGGCGUGUCAUUUUCUUCUAUUCAUGCCGGAAGAAACAUGAUUAUUCCACCAAAGAAUAAGGAUAAUCAAGUCAUUGACAUUGGGGAAGUUUUCUUCUUGUCAGCUCUUCAGAGGUAGAUGUGAUUUUAUUGUAAAGUUUUUUGAAUACAUCGUGUUUAUCCACAUUUUCUGAGGACUAUCCCUGCAAGGUUGCCCAGUGCAUUCUUGUAAAUUUUGGGCAAUGUUGCACCUUAAUAUUGGUGCCGAGUUACUGUAUUCAUCCUCCAUAUUUCUUUGAAUUUAUAAUAGGCUAGUUCUAUUUUAUUGUGUCAGUUACAUUGUGCUUGUAAUAGUUUGUGUUACUAGAUUUUACUCCACAAGGAUCACAGUUAGUGGCAAUUGCUUGUGGUGACAAUUUUCUUGAAAGAAGGAUAUUUAUAAGUUCUUGGGUCCUGUUGAUGGUGAUGAAAUUCAGCUUUUAGGGCUACAAUGAAAACAAUCCUCUGUCAGCUGAUGCUUAUUCUUUCAAAUUUUGGAGAAUAAAAAGAAUGUUUGACAACAUUCAGUCUUUAUCUUUUUCCAUGUAGAGUUCGUCUUAAUUUAAUGUUGCAUCAGAUGGCUAUCGAGUUUCCACUAUAUAGCAGUCUUGAUGGUAUAAAAAAGAUUUGCAUGUUUCUGUGAGAGGAUGUUCAACCGCCUUUAUAUGUUGGACCAUGUAGGGUUUAGAAGCCAGAAAGGCUAUUUUUUUGGACAUUGUGGUCGCCUUUGGUGUUUUAUAAGGAGAACAAACUACAGUUUCAUUAGAUUUCAACAGAGGAUGUUCUCUCUGUUCUUGAAGUGCGAUUGGCCUGAAAGUUUUUCAUAGGAUGUUGACGUGUCAGUGGCUACAAAUGUAUCUCUUAAUUUGUGAGGACGAAAAAUCCAUAGAACGAACAUCAGUAAAUUUAACUUUCUGAUCAUUAUUUGAGACUGAAUCUUAUGUUUUUUCCUUUUUGUUUUCCAGGACUGGAGUUAAAUAAAUUCCUAGUUUUAUUUUUACCUGUAUACAUGAAAUUUUGUUUGUGUUACACCAUUUUUCUCUGCACCAACCCGUCAUACAUACAUGUUCAUGGACAAUGUUAUUGCAUUUUUCAAAUUAUGUCCAAACUAGGAUUCAAUAAUUUCAAAAAUAGUGGAAAGCCUUAAACAUGUUCAAUAAAUUAAUCUUCUGCAAAAUAUAAAAUAUUUAAUGUGAUGAUUAUUCUAGGUACAAUAAUUCUAUUAAGUCCACAUAAAUCUUGGGAAGGGGGUUUAGUAUACCUCUGCCUUUUAUUUUGGUACGAAUGUGUAGAUUGCCACCAGAAUUACCUCUUCUCAGAAACAUUGGGGUUCGCGGGAGUAUUUUUUUCGUUUGGACGAGCAAAUUUGUACUGAUGUCACAAAGUGAGUCUAAGAUUGUAUUUCAUUCACUUCGCAGUAUCAUACUCUUCCUCUGAUAACUUUGAAUUUGGUGUAUUCGGAAGAAUCUGUGUUUCGUUUUAUGGCCGUUUUGUGAAUCUGCGUUUUCAGUCAACAGAAGUGAUCAUGUAUUUUGUGUGCCUUAUUUCAGUGCCCUUUUAAUUUUCAGGUUCUUAGUCACGUGAUGAAUAUGUUGGAGUUGCCUGUGUUUUUUGACUGCUAACAGUUUGCAGUGGCUUUGUGUUUCUAUUCUUUGAAUCUAAGAGUUAAUCUUUUUUGCAGGUAUGAAAAUGUUCUUGUUGCUGCUGAACUUCUACCUGAAGCACUUACUGCUGCCAUGCAGCGAGCAGCAUCGGUUAUCACUUCUAAUGGAAGGUCUUCUUGUCCAACUGUUUUCACUUAUGUUAGAAAGCUGCUGAAAAGAUAUGGUGAGGUUCCUAGUGUGGCAGUGUGGGAGAAGAAUUUUAGAACCACUUGUGAUCCAAGAGUACUUGCUGAACUUGAAGCUGGACGAUCCUCAGAUGUUGAUAUAGGAUAUUCACUUGGACUUCCAUCUGGUUUGGAAGAUCUUGAUGAGUAUGUCCGCCAAAAGAUGUCUGGAAAUGGGAGAAUCUCGAGGACUGGCCUGGGUAUGAAAGAGAUACUGCAGAGACAUAUAGAUGAGGCUUUGCUCUUUUCCUAUGGAAGAGAAAGCAAGAAUUUUGCAGCUAAUAACUCAAAAAGUGCAAACUUAGAAAAAUGGGAUGAUGAUAGUUAUGUAGCACAGCAGAUUGUGUCGGGAUUACUGGACUGUAUCAGGCAGAAUGGUGGUGCAGCUCCUGAAGGCGAUCCCUUCUUGGUUUCUUCUGCUGUUUCAGCAAUUGUGAGUAAUGUGGGACCUGCUAUUGUGAAUUGUAACUACCAAAAUUUAUCUUUACCGGAAGGUGCAUUGAGUUGUGUUCAGCGGAUUGUACGCAUUCAUAUAUCCUGCCUCUGCUUACUGAAGGAAGCUCUUGGUGAUCGAGUUGGCCGUAUUUUUGACGUUACUAUUGCUGCAGAGUCAUCUUCCAUUGUUUCUGGGGCACUUUCUGCUGGGAAGUUUCCUCGUAGUCAAUUCCAACCGUCACCUGAGACCCAUGAUGUAAGUCCAAAUAAUUCAAGUGACGUUUUGAACGCGAAAGUGUUUGGUGGAAGGGCAGUAAAGGCUGCUGCGGCUGUGUCUGCACUUGUUAUUGGGGCUCUCAUUCAUGGGGUUUCUAGUCUUGAAAGGAUGAUCACUGUUUUCAGGUUAAAGGAGGGCUUGGAUGUGCAGCAGUUCAUCAAAAGUUCAAGGUCCAGUUCUAAUGGGAUGUCACGUUCUAAUAAGGCUUUUAGGUUGGACCACAGCGUGGAAACUUAUGUUCAUUGGUUCCGAGUUCUUGUUGGGAACUCCUGGACGCUUUUUGAUGGAUUAGUUGGAGAGAUAAUCGGUGAAUCAUAUAUCUUAUGUUUUUCAAGGAUGCAGCGAAUGGUUCCUCUUACCUUGACAUUCCCUCCUGCUUAUUCGAUAUUUGCACUGGUUGUUUGGAGGCCAUAUAUACUUGGCAAUAACGUCGCAACUCGUGAAGAAAUUCAAUUAUUUCAGUGCUUGACAUUGGCCAUUGAUGAUGCUAUAAGGCAUCACCCUUUCCGAGAUUUAUGUUUCAGAGAUACUCGUGUACUUUAUGAUCUGCUGGCAUCUGAUUCUGGUGAUUCUGAGUUUGCAGCUAUGUUUGACUUUCACGGGCAGGAUAAACAUUUUAAAACAAGGGCAUUUGUGCCUCUGAGGGCCAGGCUGUUUCUGAAUGCCAUGAUCGACUGCAGAUUGCCCCCAUUUACAGUAAUGCGGGAUGAUGGAACAUGGGUCUCCGGUCAUGCGGAUCAAAGGUCUUUCGACUCUGAGACAAAGCUUCUGGAUGAGCUUGUGCAUGUUUUGGACACUUUACAACCGGCAAAGUUUCACUGGCAGUGGGUUAUGGUAAGACUCCUCUUGAAUGAACAAGCACUUAUCGAAAAGAUUGAGACCCUUGGGAUGCCCCUGGCAGAGGCCAUCCGUUCUCUUUAUCCGAAUACUGAGAAUUCUACACCAUCUGAGAAUGAAAGCAGUUUUACAGAAAUUGUGCUGACGAGACUACUUGUGAGACCUGAUGCUGCUUCUCUCUAUUCGGAUGUUUUACGUAUGCUCGGAAGGUCAUUGGAGGACAAACUACUGUUGCUGGUCAAAUGGUUUCUUGGGGGCAAUGAUAUACUUCUUGGACGUAAGUCUAUCAGGCAGCGGCUUGUGAAUUUCGCCCUACCCAAAGGAGUAUCAACCAAAGUGCAAUUCUGUAAACCGUGGGGUUGGUCAAAUCCUGUCAUUGAUACAUCACCAAACAAAGCUGACAAGAGGAAGGUGGAAAUGUCUACUCUCGAAGAAGGAGAAGUUGUAGAUGAAGUCAUGGACAUCAGGAGACAGGGUAGGUUAAACUCCUGUCAAACUUCUGAUGCUGGCUCGCUGAAUUCAAGCCAGCAGUUCAUAACCGAGAAAGCCCUUGCAGAAUUAGUACUUCCGUGUAUAGACAGGAGUUCCAGUGAUGCACGAGAUACAUUUGCCUCGGAGUUGAUCAAGCAAAUGUGUCUUCUAGAUCAACAUAUUAAUUCCCUUGUAUAUUCUGUCAAGCAAGGAAGUUCAAUACAAUCUGGAGUCGAGAAUUCUAGCGGUAAAAGCAGCAAUCGAAAAGGUAUACAAGGUGGGAGUCCUGGCAUGGGAAGGCGACCCAGUGGAAAUAUGGAUUCUGCCCCACCUUCUUCGUCAGCACUAAGAGCAUCUAUGUGGUUGAGGUUGCAGUUUAUUUUGAGAUCAGUUCCCAUCAUUUAUACUGAUAGGUAAUUCAGACGUCUCUGUAGUCUGUGGUUGGGAAUUCGUCUUAUCAUUUAUUUUUUGUGUCUUCCUCUAUGAUUCCUUGGUUUAAUGCCCUCCGGCAUUCUAUGAAUUUUAGGUCUUAUUUCCUUAGUUUGCUUCAGAAGCUUAACAUUUUGUUUGCUUAUCUUAGGAUGCUGUCUAGGUUCCUAUAAAAGGGUGCGUGAAAUGUCCAUGUGAUUAGUUUUUGUUAGGAUAUUUACCUGUGUUCCCAUAAAGGGAUUUAAAAUGUCAAUGAUCUAUUGCGACUGUGCUGUAUCAUUUCUACGACGAAACUUAAUGUCCAACUUUGUUUGACAUUUAUUUGACUGUGUUCCAGAAAGCUUUGAUGAUGUCAAGUACAGCUUUUAAUAAUUUGGAAGUGUAAUUUAUCUCAUGCUUCAGAAAAUAAUUCGGAAUAACUAUAUAAUUCAAAACACUUCAUAUUUGGGUAGAGUUGUAUGCCUCGAUUUAACUUAUAUAUUGCCUUGUUUUCCAGUUUUCUGUGCUGGAAAAUAUUUCAGCGUUUGAUAUGGAAUAACAUACCUCUAAAUAAUAAGGUAUUUAUCGUUGGUUGCGAGGUGUUGAGAUUUUCUAGGAUCUGACAAACUUAAUUACACCUUGUUUGAGUGGUUUCCAUCCUGCUCUUGAAAGGUCAAAGCUGAGCACGGCUGACUGUUUCCUCUACCUUUAAAUUUUACCCUAUUCAAAUGCUUUUUGAUGCAAAUGUGCAGGACAAACAAGCUUGGACAACGGAGAUGAUUUCGUGUAAUUAAAGGAUAUAUAAGCUGCAAAAAACAAAGCAGUAAUACUAGAAAGAACAGUUUCAGUGUUUCCUAUACGUUCCAAACCCAGUGGUGGGUACUAAACGCAAGAGUUGCGGUUGUUGUGGGGCUUAUCCUAGUUUUUUCAAUGUGAUUCUCUCUCUCAACAUGUGGGAUAGUAAUUGCAUAUUUGUUAAACGUGUACGAAUUUGAUCCUAGACUUUAAAAGCCUGUUAGACAGUUGGGUAAGAGCAUAGUCAUGGAAAAAUAAAUUCUCACAUGAAACUUUCUGUCAGAAAUAUCUGACCUUGGAAGCUUCAAUGAAUGAGUGAGUAAUGAAGAUGAUUUAAGCUGGUCAUCAUCAGGUCUGAUAUUGAGACAAACAAUUUAGCGUGUAGUGCCAUAGGCUCAUUUGUUCUUCUUACUCUUUGUUUUGUUUUCAUCUGUUUAUGCCGUCUCACACAUUUAUCUGACAAACUUAUAUAUAUAUAUAUGAAAGUUUUCCCGUGUGAGAUUUAUUUAUUUGCUGCUGUUAAAUUAUCUGUUGUUGAAUUGCAAUUGUAGAUAUAUUAUUAUUAUUUUUCCUGUCGUCCUCUGAUAGAACCUUGUUUCAGUGAAAGAGGGUUUUGACUGAUCGAUCUGAUGUCAACUUAUCUCUGUCCAUGAAAUGCCGUUUGUUCUACAGGGAUCCAACUGUUCGGACUAUGAGACACACACUUGCCUCUGUCCUUCUUCAUAUGCUCGGAACAAGGGUCGUCUACGAGGACGCAGACAUAGCCUUUUCCCCUGCCACCAGAAUGGCCAAAAGACAAGCAGAGUUGACAACGGAACCAAUUCUGGUCACCUCAGUGGAUUGUUCUGGGGAUAGCCUGUUUGAUAUGUUUUUAUAUGUUUUCCACGGGCUGCUAAGUGGUUGCAAACCCAGUUGGCUGAAGCUGAAUUCUUCGUCAAAGUCGCUUACUAAGCCGGCCAGAGAUUUUUCUGUGGUUGACCGUGAUUUUGCUGAGAAGUUACAGGUUAGUCCACUAGUGAUUUAACACCAUCAUUCCUGUGGGCUUUGCGGGAAAUACAUGAAGAGACCUGGAAUGCCCCCCGUCAUGCUCUCUCUCUCUCUCUUUCUUCAUCUCUCUCCCCAUCUCUCUCUCUCUCUCCUUUCUCAUGAUGUGGCGUUUACUUUCUAGGAAAGCAUCCCAUUCAUCCCAGAAACGAAAGAACAUUAAUCCUCCGGGGAACUGAUGAGACAUUCUCAUCAGGCCCUCUCACCUGUUUUUUCCCACCUGUCGCCGCCCAUUCCUCUGUGAAGCACAUCCCUUUCUGGGUCCGGCUUUCAGCCGUAUCAUAUUUAUAUUGUGAUAUCGAACUUACCGACAUUUUUUUUAUUUUUUAUGAUCACCAUCUUUGCAGGCUGAAUUGGAUCACAUGCACUUGCCUCUGAACAUCAGGAAGAGAAUCCAAGCGGCGAUGCCGGUCCUUCCCUCUUCUCCCCCUCUCUCGGUCUCCUGCCACCCUCCAACCUUGUCUUCGACACUCCUGGCCGCAUUCCAGGCCAGCACAUCAGCAACGCCGCCCGGGUCUCAAUCCACAAAUCCCUCCACUGUCAGCCAGAGAGCUCCCUCUUCCUCCUCCGGCCGCCUCCCCAUUUCUGCAACUUCCAGGAAUAAGCCACUGCCCGCCCAAGAACCCGACUCGGAGAUUGACCCCUGGACCUUGCUGGAAGAUGGAACUGGGUCUUCCUCAACCUCCGCUAAUGGCGCCGACACAAGCGGCACAGGCGGCGACCCUUCGAAUCUCAAGGCCUGCAGCUGGCUCAAGGGCGCCGUCAGAGUUAGGAGAACAGAUCUGACCUACAUCGGCAUCAGGGACGACGACAACUGA